AUGACUGAUAAAGGUAGGAGGGCAGAAGUUGUAUUAAUAAAUGGCUUUAAAUUUGAAAUUAUUUUAACAAAAAAAUUAAAAGUAGAAGAAUUAAUUAUUUUAGCUGGAAAUCAAUGUCAAAUAUAUGAGCCUGAUUUAAAAUAUUUUGGAAUUGCAUAUGUCAAUGAGAAAGAUCAUUAUAUUUGGUUAAAAAGAGACAAAAAGGUGAUUGAUUGCGAACUUCCUAGUAAUUGGUAUAGAAAUGAAAAUAUAUUUAAUCAGGAUACCCUAUUACAAUUUCAUUUUGCUGUAAAAUAUUUUAUUUCAAAUUUUAUAAAUCUACUUAAUUCAGGUUCAAUAGUAAUGUUUUUUUUGGAAAGUAAAUCAUUAUUUUUAAAAGGAUAUCUAGAUGUACCAAUUGAUAAUUAUUCAUACAUGUAUGCUUUAAUUCUUCAAUAUUAUCGUGGAGAUUAUGUUAGUCAUAAUAUGUAUUCUGUCAUUAGUUUAUCUAUAUAUUUUCCUAAAAAUAUUUUAAAAAAAUUAGAUAUGUCUGCAGAGGAAUUUCGUUUACAAAUUGGAUAUGAAUAUCAAAAAUUAAUUGGUAUGACGAAAGGAGAAGCUGUAAUUAAAUUUUUAACAUUAGCACAAAAAUCAUUUACAUAUGGAAGUCGUUUAUAUCAAGUUAAAGAUAAGAAUAAUACAAGUUAUUUACUUUCAAUUAAUAAUCGUGGUAUAUCUCAAUAUACUAAUGAUUUACAAUUUAAAUUAAAAAGGGUUUUCCCAUGGGAAAAUUUAGAUAAUUUUCAUUAUUUAGAUCAACAUUUUAGUAUUGAAGUAGAAACAAAUGUAAAUAAUCACAUUAUGAAUGAUAUCAAAUCUGACUUUACUAAUGUAAAUUUAGAAAAAAAGAUAAAUAACCAUGAUAGAGUGUUAUCAAGUUUAAUGAGAAAUUCUAUGACAAUACCAAUAAAAGUUAAACAAAAAUAUAAUUUUUUUUGUGAAUCUUCAUCACUUUGCCGAGUUUUAUGGGAUGCUGCUGUUAGUCAACAUCAAUUUUACCUAGAUCAAUUGUCUAAUUCUAAAAGUCAGAUUUUAUUAAUGCAAUUUAACGAUCAUAAUCAAAUAAUUGAGUCAGACUUUAAGCGUAUAAUGAAUAACAUCAAUGAAGUUUUAACAAACAAUACACUUACACCAUUUGCAAAUAAUGAUUGUGGUUCAAAAAUGUCAACACACAGUCUCAUGAGUAAUUUAACAACUUCUUCAUUAAAUGAAACUGAUAUACCAUCUGAUAUUCGUAUAAUUGGUAUAAUAAAUGGAUCACAAAAUAUUAAUAAAGAGGAUGAUAAAGAACGAAGAUUAAAAGCAUAUAAAGGAUUAAAAGAUAAAAAAAAUAAACUUGAAGAACUACUUUUACAAAAACUUGAUGAAUUGAAAAAUAUUUGUAUAAACGAAGCUGAAUUGACAGGUGAAUUACCAAAAGAAAUUUAUAGAACAUUGGCUCCUGGUGAACCAGAACCAAAAAUAAAAAAAAGAAUUGGUACAGCUUUUAAAUUAUCAAAUGACAUUUUAAAUAAAUCAAAUAAGGAUGAUACAUUAAAUAAACUUGAAAUGGAAAUUGAUCUUCAAAGAAAAAUUGUUGAUGCUGCUAGUCGUUUAGCUAGUGAUAAAACUACUAAUAAAUCUGUUAGAAAAAAAAGAAGAAGAGAUUUUGAAGCGGCACAUCAAAAAUUGAAAGGACUUGAAUUAGGUUUACAAAAAAUUCACAUGGCUAGAUCAAAACCUGAUCUAUCAUGUAAUGAUUAUAAUAAAACAAAAUAUAAUGAUAAUGGAUGGUUUAGUCAUUUAGGAAUACCAAGAUCAUCAGGAAGUCUAAAAUCAUUAGUAACAAAAUCAUGUCCAACAACACCUAGAGGAUCAUUUAGUGAUUUAAGUUAUUAUAAAGAAAAUAAAAGAAAUUUUGAUAAUGAAAAAAGAAGAAAUAUAACUAAUACAACAAAUAUUUCAGAAAAAUCUAAUGGUAAAUUUUUUAAUUCACCAAUUAAUUCAAACUUCCAAUAUAAUAAUCAUUCACCUGAUAUAUCAAAAUCUUUUGGUACAAUUAAUAAUUCACCCCCAUCAAUACCAUCAAGAAGAGCUAAUUCCAUUGUGUCAACAAAACCAAAUACAUUUAUGAAAGGAUAUUCACUUGAUAAUGAAAAAAUAGAUGAACAAUCAAAAAGUUAUCAUGAUAUUCAUAAUAUACCAAUAUAUGCAAAUAUUGGCUACCAUACUUCUGCUCCAUAUAUUAGUAGUUAUCGUCAAAGUCAUUAUCCUACACUUUUUGAUCAACAAGUAGCAAGAAAUAACAAUAGGCAAUCAAGAUCCAAUUCAAUCACUCCUGUUAAUGGUACAAAAAAAAUAACACCAAACAAUUCAAUGACUGCGGCUGCAUCUACACAGAUGGGAUUGAUUGUUAAACAAAUAAGUCAAUCAUCUCUAAUGAGUGGUCCAUAUAAAACACCACAAAAUUCACAUUACAAUUCAAUUUAUAAUAUAUCAUCUUUAGGAGAUAAAAAUGUUAGUUGUAAAAAUCCUGGAAGCCCGAUAACAUAUUAUAGUAAAAAUGAAUCAAUUAAUAGAUUACCAAUGAAAGAUUCUAAUGGUAUAUUAAAACAUUCUUCAAAUUUACCAUUAAAUCUUUGUAAAGUUACAACAUUUCCUGCUUCCUAUGAACGAAUUGGCAGUUAUAAAGUUGCACCCGAAAAUAAUACCAUAACAACAGGAAAUGACAAAAAAUUCUCAUAUAUAAACGAUGACUGGAGAAAAGAUGUUUUUCAAGUUAAUAAUUCAAAUAAUCAAACAAUGGGGACAUUAUUAAGUUCAUAUAAUAACGAUAUUAACGGUAGAAAUAAUAUACAAGAUGACAAAUCAAAUAAAAAUUCAACAGCAACAAUUGUUUAG